GCUUGGUUUUCUCUCUGUCCUGCCCAGGGAGCAGGUGUCUGCGUGUGUUUCCAUCCUCGAGAGGCUCCUGCAGGCCCUGGACCCGGUCUAUGUGAUCCAGAACCUCAGAGAAGAGCUUCAGAAAGGCCUUUUACACCCCGAUGACUCCGUGAAAAUCCUCACCAUAUCCCAGGUUGGGAGGGUUGUUGAAAGUUCAGAUGCUGUGGCAGAAAUUCUCAACAGUACUGAACUAUUACGGCAAAUAAUAAAUUGCAUUGGUGGAGACAAAAUAGCAGUGGCUAAAGAGGCCAUCAAAUCUCUCUCAAGAAUAGCACAGACACAAGAUGGCUUAGAGGCUUUAUUUGUGAGCAGUUUGUUGAGUGACUUGAAGAAUGUCAUGGCAACAAAUGAUGUUGUUCGAUACAGAGUAUAUGAGUUAAUUGUUGAGAUUUCUUCGGUGUCGGCAGAGUCGCUAAAUUACUGUGCAAACAGUGGAUUAAUAUCAGAGUUAAUUGGAGAGCUGACUGGAGAUGAUGUGCUAGUCAGAGCUACAUGUAUAGAGAUGGUGACCUCGCUGGCCCAUACCCCACAUGGGCGUCAGUAUCUUGCUCAACAGGGAAUUAUCGAUAAAAUUUCGAACAUCAUCAUUGGUGCAGAGUCUGAUCCUUUCUCAGGCUUCUAUUUACCAGGAUUCAUUAAAUUUUUUGGAAAUCUGGCUGUUGUAGACAGUCCACAGCAGAUCUGUGAACGAUACCCUGUUUUUAUGGAAAAAGUCUUUGAAAUGGCAGAAAGUCAUGAUCCGACUAUGAUUGGAGUGGCUGUGGACACACUAGGAAUCCUGGGAUCAAAUGUGGAAGGCAAACAGGUUUUACAGAAAACUAGAACUAGGUUUCAAAAUCUGUUAAGCAGAAUAGGGCACCAGGCAAAGAAUGCCCCCACAGAGUUACGACUUCGAUGCUUGGAUGCGAUUUCAUCUCUUCUUUACUUGCCUCCAGAGCAGCAGACAGAAGACCUGUUAAGAAUGACUGAGUCGUGGUUCACAUCCUUGUCUAGCCAGCCGUUGGAACUCUUCAGAAGCAUCAGUACUCAGCCAUUCCCUGAUCUCCACUGUGGGGCUUUACGAGUAUUUACUGCUAUUGCAAAUCAACCAUGGGCCCAGAAGUUGAUGCUUGACAGUCCAGGGUUUGUGGAGUACGUUGUAGACAGAUCUGUGGAGCCUGACAAAGCUUCGAAGGAUGCCAAAUAUGAACUGGUUAAGGCCCUCGUAAACUCUAAAACAAUCGCGGAAAUCUUUGGAAAUCAGUAUUACUUGAGGCUUAGGGCUUACUUGCGUGAAGGCCCUUACUAUGUUAAGGCAGUUUCUACUACAGCUGUGGAAGGAGCAGAAUAAUGUCAGUCAUGUCUUGGUUCCCCUUCUUGCAAACCAUGUUACUGAAACAGGUGUUAAGAUAUAAGGUGUAAAGGCUCUCCACACUGGAGUCUCUUUAGAUUGUCUCUUUAAAGGAAUGUGAAACACUUUGACUCUAUUUGAAAUAAGUCAUGAGAGCAAAUCAAAACCUAUAGGGCACAGCAUAUUUUCCCAUAGAAUGUCACGACAGAAGUUCUCUGUGUAUUGUCGUGAGACAAGUAACCAAGGUAAGCACUCUGUCAACUGCUGACUAUGUUUUAUUUUGCAGAAGUUAUCAGUGUUUGGUUAAACUGUUCUUGGGUUUGGAGUUCCUGUCGUGUUUUCUCGGUAGAUCACAGUUCAAUU